AUUAUUUCUGAUCAUUACUUUCGCACUCUAAAUGCUCGACAAAUAUGUAGGUAAUAAUUGACCGUUUGCUGCCGUGUUUUUUGAAGUAAUUCGCGAAUACGGCGGUCUUUCCGUCCUUCAUUUCUGUUGUCCUUUUCUCCUGUAUCUCCGUCUUUGUUUUGCUUGCUUGGGUGGCCUGCACGGAGGAAGGGGUGGCCUGUGUUGCUGUUGUCGAUUAUUUAAUUUUUUAGCGCCAGCGUGCGUUUCAAAGCCUUUAAAUAUAGAAACCGGCCUUCACAUUUUUCCGUCGCGGGCGGCAAUCGUUCGGAGCGGCAGGGUUUAGAACGGUUCGCGACAGCUGCGCAUAUAUCCGACGUUUUUCCUGCACCAAUCUGUGCAUGUCUCUGUUGCUUCUCAGGUCGAACCUACCGCGGUUGUCCCGUUUGAAUAAAGAUGCCUUGAAACCGUUAUUUUGGCUGCCUGCACGCGAGAAGCAGGUUCUUUCAGACCCUGAAAAUAUUGGGCAGCGUCAGCAACAUAUUAAUUUCGACACGCUAGGAACUUGGGACAACCGGAUAGAUUUGCCGCUGCUGCUGCAGCAAAGUAUCAAGGUUGGUAAGCCCGUACCCAAGAUAUCGGGUGAACAUGCCGGCUGUGCGACAAUUCUCGGCCGGCGAACAUACAACGAAGACCGCUACAGGGUCAAGGAGCUUACACCGGACCUCCUUUACUUUGCGGUCUUCGAUGGACAUGGUGGCUCGGCAUGUGCUGACUUCUGUGCAGAACACAUGGAGGCACAUAUCAUGUACUGGGUUCGAAGAGGUCAGACAGACCUACAGGCACUGCUGCAGUCGGCCUUCAUUGACGCCAACAAUUCCUUUGCCAAAUAUGUUGCUUUUAACUGGCCAGAUGGUGAGGAUUCUUCAUCGGGGACUACUGCUACAGUGUGCAUCCUGAGAAGCAGCACAGAGCUGUAUGUAGCCCAUGUAGGUGACAGCAGGGCCUUGCUCUGCCGCAGUGGGGAGUCGCGUCGACUUACUACGGACCACACUGCAGGCCUCAAGCUGGAGGAGGAAAGGAUUAAGAUGUCUGGUGGCAAGCUGAUCUCGGACAGCCAUGGGAGGCAUCUUGUGAAUGGACGCCUGGCCAUGACCAGAAGCUUGGGUGACUUGGAUCUCAAGCCAUUUGGUGUAAUUGCACUGCCAGAUGUCAGGUUUAUGGAGGUGAAGCAUGGCAAGGAUGCUUUUUUGAUCCUCACAACUGAUGGUGUGAAUUGUGCCAUGUCAGACCAGGAGAUUGUCGAUGCCAUCAACAGCUGCAGUUCACCAGCUGAAGCAGCGGGCUUUGUCACGGACCAAGCCAUGCACUUCGCUUCCCAGGACAAUGCUACAGCAGUUGUCAUGCCGUUUGGUGCAUGGGGAAAGUAUCGCAACAGUGGUGGCGUGGCAAACAGUUUUGGUCGGCAGUUGCAGUUUAGUCGGAGGUUUUAGCCUUUGGUGUUCAUCAUAGCUCGGCAUACUCACUCAUGAGUACACUCACUCACACUCAUUCAUACUCAUUUGAAUGUCGUGAGUGUGAGUACUGAUGAGUAUGAGUAGGAGACAGUAGAACGUGAGUGAGUACUUAUGAGUAUGAGUAGGAGUGAG